AUGUGGAACGGAUGGACGUUUUGCGUUUUCUGCAUAUGGAGACUUCAUACUGCUGCAGCUACGGAUAAAUAUAGAGAAGGACUUGAUCCAAAUCCAGAAUUUCUGCCUCGAGCAGUCACUUAUCUAUCUCAUAGGUUUCCGUUACGCGACGACACCACAUCGUUUACAUUUGGUGUCGAUGCGAGAAAGACA